GUAUACCAGCCCUAUUUAUAGAAUUGGCUUCCUGAAGAGUUUCAGGGCAGCUUGUUUGAAUUGUAAUACAGAUGUCAGAUGACAAGAUCUGCAAACUCCGCCAUAGCCCCAAACGCUUAAAACCCAUACUGCUAGUGAGGCACAAUAACUCGGUGUGGAAACUUACCUACGGCAAGGAAAACCGCUACCGAAAAACCUCGUUGGCGGGCAGCAGCAUCAACAUUACUUUUCGUUGUAGCCGAAAACUUCAGCUGGCUGGAUUUCUUGAAGAUAAUCAGGCGGAAAGCUGGUACCUUAGAAUGGCUGACGGACUGCGGAGGGAGCUACCCCAAUUAGGAAAGGCCGGGGACACCAGACCCAAUGGUGCAAAUAAACCCUUAUGUCCAGUAUGAGGUAAAUAUGAUGUAAUGUACUUUUGUCUUAAUAUGGUUAUUAUGAGUGGAGAGUUUAUAUUUAAGGUUAAUGUUUAUAAAUAUUUCAAUAGUUUUUGGUGCUUACUGUGUGUGGUACUACAAAUGACGACAUUGUGGCGGUUGGGCACGACCUCAAAGAGUCUUCAUGGAAUUCCAAAAAUGUCCGAGUGUUAAAAAAUUAAAAUAACCACAAAAGGCACAUAUCGUUAUACAUGCACCCUUCUUGGAUAUGUUGACAACCCUUUUCCAUUCUUCUCUGUCUCUGUCCCUCUCAACCUCAUUAUUCCCAGUUCUGACAGGUCAUCCUCAAUGUUCUAAAGCCUGCAUGAUAGUCCAACUCUUCUUUUUCCGGUUACCACAUCAUCCAUGCCAUGUUACAUGUCCUAACGGCAAUUAAAUACGGCAAGUCUUGAUUAACUGUACCACGUUUGUGUCUUGGUGAGUUAUGUUUGAGGUUCUGGCGAAACCUCCAUGUCUUUAAAUUUUGAUCGAAAACUGCUCUAUAAAUUCUUCUAAUGAUCUUUCGCUCAAGUACAUUUAGGUUCUUGGUCAUCGCAACAGUUAGGAUUCAGAUUUCAACAUCAUACGUUAAUAAGGGUUCUACGAAUGUUUUAUUACUGGCUUUUGUUGUCCGUGACAGCAAAAUAUGAGGAUUUAAAAAAAAUCAUGUUGGUAAAAUAUGCUCGAUUAGCAGCCAUUAUUCUUCUGUUUACUUCUUAAUACAUAAUUUAGAUAAUUAGUUAUUGUUAAAAUGAUUACUGAUUUAAUUAGAUAACAUUAAUUAUUGUUA